CCGCCCCCCCCAUGGACAUGCUGGAUCCGGGUCUGGACCCCGCAGCCUCGGCCACCGUCGCCGCCGCCGCCGCCAGCCACGAGAAAGGACCGGAGGCGGAGGAGGGAGUGGAGCUGCAGGAAGCCGGGGAAGGCCCCGGACCCGAGGAGCAGACGGCAGUGGCCAUCGCCAGCGUCCAGCAGACCGCGUUCGCCGACCACAACAUCCAGUACCAGUUCCGCACAGAGAACAAUGGCGGACAGGUGACGUAUCGCGUGGUCCAGGUGACGGACGGUCAGCUGGACGGGCAGGGGGAUGCCACGGGGGCGGUCAGCGUGGUCUCCACGGCGGCGUUUACCGGGGGGCAGCAGGCCGUGGCUCAGGCCGUCAUUCAGAAUCCGUUCAGCAAUGGGGGCAGUCCUGCAGCUGAGGCCGUCAGUGGAGAGACCAGGUUUGCGUACUUCCCGGCGUCCAGUGUGGCUGACGCCACGGCCGUGUCGGUGCAGACCACGGACCAGAACCUGCAGGCCGGAGGUCAGUUCUACGUGAUGAUGACGCCACAAGACGUCCUGCAGACGGGGACGCAGCGCACCAUAGCCCCCCGUACCCACCCUUAUUCCCCGAAGAUGGACGGGACCCGGACGCCUCGGGAUGAGAGGAGACGAGCCCAGCACAACGAAGUGGAGCGGCGGCGGCGAGACAAGAUCAACAACUGGAUCGUGCAGCUGUCAAAGAUCAUUCCAGACUGCAACACGGACAACAGCAAGACCGGAGCAAGCAAGGGCGGGAUCUUGUCGAAAGCCUGUGACUACAUCCGGGAGCUUCGCCAGACCAGCCAGCGCCUGCAGGACACAUUUAAGGAGGCCGAGAGGCUGCAGGUGGACAACGACCUCCUAAGGCAGCAGAUCGAGGAGCUGAAGAACGAGAACUCGCUGCUCCGGGCUCAGCUGCAGCAGCACGGACUGGACAUUGUGGGGGAGACGCCCCGCCAGUGACCCCUGACCCCGCUGAGACCCCCUGCACCUACCCUGAGAGGGAGGGGGUGUGGCCCCCCCCUUCCCCAGGCCCCUGCAUUUUUUAUAGUAGAUUUUUAACAAAAUCUGGGAGAGAGCAUGUCUGUGGAUUCAG